GCUUUCUGCAGGGGCAGAACAGGAUGAUGAAGUCUAUGUGGACGAAGUAGUUUGUGAAUUAGGAAGAGGGAUAACGGAUGGAGACAAACCCAGAGGAUGUAGGAGUGGUGAAGACAGGGGGUGGUAGAGUAGUCGGACGGUGGGUAACAGACGAAGAUAAAACCAAGGGAAAUAAAGACGGUGAAGACGGGGGGGAUGAAGUCAGGGGUGGUGAAGUGGCUGAAGUAGAGACGGGGAGGGCAGUCGUAGGUGAGACCCGAAGAGGGGACUCUGCAGGUGGUAAUGCAGGCGUGGCCAAGGAUACCAUGGAGGAACACACCGACACCAAGGGUGACAUAGCAACUGCGGGUCGAGUUGCUCCCACAGAAUCAAUCGUAGAAACAACCAAGGCCGAUGAAGAAGAGGUUGCGAACCGAAAAGGGGCAGCCAGGGUCACAAACGGCAUGGAAGGGGUUACUAAGGUUGAUGAGGACGCAGGUGCGAUAGGCGCAGGGGCGUUAGACGUAGCACUAGUAACGAAUAACAAGGAAAUUGCAUUCAGCUACGUUGUCAAAGACACUCAUACGCAGGGAACCGUCAAGGCGGACUUGGAGGCGUGCACCCAAGAAUGUGCAAGAGCCAUCAGGUGCUGUGGUCUCCUUCCAUUUGAGGCCAUAGUGCUCUAACGGUGGUGGCAGAUGUCACCAUGAGAAAACAUCAUCAAUCAAGCGGUAUGUGAACG